CACCGGCCACGGGAGACCGUGCCCAGCCGAUGCCAUACGCUGAGGCUCAGGGGGCCACACCGGAGGCAAUCCUGGCUUCACCCCCGACGUCCCAGAUGGCAGUCGCCAGUGACGUAGCUUCCCCUGGCGCUCCAGCAAUCUCCACACAGUCCCAGACAGACACUCCGGACCAUGAGGGUGCUAGCACUGCCGGCGCCGGGGGUCCCAGUUCUGCCUGCGUCGAGGGUCCUAGUACUGCCUGUGCUUUCGCUCAGGCUCCAAGUGCCAGUGAGAGCAAGGCCACCUGGCCCCAGGCAGCCUUCCUGGGCCAGCAGGAUGUCUUUGAUUUCACUCAGCCAGCAGGUGUCAGUGGCAUGGCCUUCACACGCCCCAAGAGGCCUGCCCCAGCCCAAGUGGCCACCACAGAGGACCCCCGUGCUGCCUCUGGUGUGCCUCAGGCAGCACCUGCCAAGGAAGUGGCAGCCACCCGACCCAAGACCACCAAGUCUGGGAAGGCUGUGGCCAAGACUCGGUGGGUGGAGCCUCAGAAUACUGGGGCCGCAGCUGCUGCCAACACCAAGAUGGCCGCAAGCAUCCCCGAGCCUGAGGGGACAGCUGCCACUGCUCAGAACAGUGGUGAGCCCUGGGCCCGGAUGGGAGGCAAAAGGACCAAGAAGUCCAAACACCUGGAUGACGAAUAUGAGAGCAGCGAGGAAGAGAGAGAACCUCCGCAGGUCCCGGCAACCUGGAGAGCAUCAGAGCCCCCAGUGACAGCGCGGGCUCAGGUGGGCCCUCGGCCCCCGAUGGCCGUGAGGUCCCAGAUACCCUCGCGGCACAUACUGUGCUUGCCCCCCCGCAACGUGACCCUGCUGCAAGAGAGGGCGAAUAAGUUGGUGAAAUACCUCAUGAUCAAGGACUACAAGAAGAUUCCCAUCAAGCGCUCAGACAUGGUGAAGGACGUCAUCCGAGAGUACGAUGAGCAUUUCCCCGAGAUCAUUGAACGAGCCACAUACACUCUGGAAAAGGUGCGUGGGG